GAGGGAUUUAUACGAGACCACCUGUGUGAUUUUGUGCUAUUACUGCUUAGCUGCUUACAACAAAUGCAACAUAUUAUACCUCGUCCUGCUACCUUUAGAAUUCGUGCUGUCUACGUUUGAUCUUACGAUUAGCGGUACUUCUUGUCGCACUACAGUAAAGUUUUCAGGGUCAAAAGCAGAUCUUAAAGCGUGCUACUUAGCCUUUUCCGUAUUUCGUCAGCAGAUAGAGAUACGUUCUUGUGAUCAGAAGUUCACUGUGCCUUUACGGACAAAAACAAAAUGCCGUCUCCAAAGAGCAACUUCCAAAGGCUGCAACGCCGCAGCAGCGUUGGUGAAGCUAUUGAUGAGAAUUCUAACGGUAAAGUUAUGGUUGGUCAGGCUGGUUUGGUCCUCACGCAGAAUAUGGCUGAGCUUGCCGAAUUUCCGCAGGGCGCUGCUGCCAAAGUAUUUUUAAUACCAUUUUCUCGUAGUAUCCAAAAUUAUAUCUAUCGGCUACGAAUAUGAAUAAAGGCGAUAAACACUGAACCUUUGAAGGGUUGUGGUGACGUGGUUACUGUCGUGUCGCUUCAGCGGUGAUUUUCUUGUCGCUUCAGCGGUGACUUUCUUGUCGCUUCAGCGGUGACUUUCUUGUCGCUUAAGUGGUGACUUUUUGUGGCACUUAAGCAGUGACUUCUUGUGGCACUUAAGUGGUGACGUUUUGUGGCGGCACUUAAGCAGUGACUUCUUGUGGCACUUAAGUCGUGAGUUUUUGUGGCGCUUAAGUGGUGACUUUUUGUAGCGCUUAAGUGCGGCCCGUCCUUCGCGCAGGGAGUAUAUUCUUCCCCUUUAAUUGAUACCCGCUUCCUCGCUUAAGCGAUACCUCCCUUCUCGCCUAACUGAUACCCCCGUCCCCGCGUAACUGAUACCCCCUUCCUGGCUUAGGGGUUAUCUCGUUCCUCGCUCAAGCAACAUCUCCUUCCUCGUUUAACUGAUACCCCCUUCCUCGCUUAAGCGAUACCUCCUUCCUCGCUUGUAAGCACUUGUGACGGCUUUGCUUCUUCACUACACAGGAUGGGCCAAUGCGACGGGUGAAAAUGAUUUGCACUAUGGGUCCGAAGUGUUGGGACGUGCCUGUACUGGUAAAACUGAUCGAUGAGGGACUGAACGUGGCUCGUUUGAACUUCAGCCAUGGCGAUCAUAAGGCGCAUGGGCAAACGGUAGCCAAUAUUCGAGAGGCAGCCAAGCAGCGACCGGACAAGUACGUUGCGAUCUUGUUGGACACGAAGGGGCCAGAGAUUCGCACUGGGUAAGGAGUGAUUGGCGUUUUAGAAAUAUUUAUUGAGGCAACUUUUGUUCACGAAUGGUAGAGCGAACAUGGUAUAACGUCCACCGCGCACCUGAGUACUUCGUGCACUGAUAAAGAAGAGUGUUGUUCAAAUUUGCUCAUCCACAACCCAGUUUCCUGAAGGAGAAAAGCGGAAUCAAUUUGGUAGCCGGCAACUCAAUAAUUUUGGAUACGUCGGAAGACUAUGAUACGUUUCAGGGCGACGAAACGAAGAUCGCUAUCACCUACAAAGCCUUGACUACAAGCGUGAAGCCAGGCAAUAUCAUCUUGUGCGCGGACGGCGUUAUCAACCUGAAAGUAGAGGAGAUUCUUGCGACCGGCGUGAAGGUUCAUUUUCAGAACUUCUUUAAGAUUUAUGAAGCAAUAGGAAAAUUUUCUAGAUCUAGUUCUACAUGAUGCACAUGUGAUGAAAAGCGUAUCAACCUUGCAGUAAUAUCGUUGAAGACCGUUUCUAUCCCUAAUCCUUCCAUUCUUACAUUAUCGAAUCCAACACACCAAAUCCGCCACAAUUACAACUUCAGUGCACGAUAUUGAACAACGCGAAGCUCGGAGAGAGAAAAAAUAUGAAUCUGCCUGGAGUGUACGUCGACUUGCCGGUCCUGCAGGAUAAAGAUAAAGAAGAUAUCUUGAAAUUUGGCAUCCCGAAUGGUGUCGAUUUCAUUGCUGCUAGGUACUCGAUAGUUGUUUUUGUCUUCUUUUCGUAGUGGAUUCUGGCGAUUUAUCUUAGUUCACUUUUGCAGUACUACCGGCUCUGAUGAAGAAAGACGAAAAAAAUAGAGACGGCACUAGUAGACUUUUUCAUUUAUCACUUAUGCCUCUCCUUCUUUUUUGAAAAUGUUCGUUAUGUAACUACAACUAUAAUCAGUUUCGUGCAGAACCUGGGCGACGUGCAGAUGAUUCGCGAGACGCUGGGCCUGCGAGGACGAGGAAUUAAGAUUAUUUCGAAAAUUGAAAAUGAAGAGGGUCUUCGCAACUUUGACGAAAUUCUGAAAGCUUCGGACGCAAUCAUGGUAGCACGAGGCGAUCUUGGUAUGGAAAUUCCUCCAGAGAAGGUCUUCAUCGCUCAGAAAAUGAUGAUCGCAAAGUGUAACCUAGCUGGAAAGCCUGUCAUCACCGCUACGCAGAUGAUGGAGUCGUGCAUUGUGAAUCCCAGGUACUAUGUCAACAAUUUCCAUUAAAGGAAAAAAGUGGGUUUUUUAGUGUUGAAAACACGAGACUGUGAUUCUCAGACAAAUAAUUCUUCGUCAGUAGCAUGGAGUAGUUUUAUGUGGAGUAGUUAUAUCUGAUGUAGUUUCGCAUCACAAUGUAAUUCUUCAUACAAGUAGCAAGGCUUUCCCAAAACCAACCCAACCCUUUACAGACCGACACGCGCGGAAGCAUCAGAUGUAGCAAAUUCCGUAUUGGAUGGUACCGAUUGUGUCAUGUUGAGUGGGGAAACUGCAAAUGGUGCCUUCCCGGUUCAAACGGUCCAUACUAUGCGUCGAAUCUGUGAGGAAGCCGAGAACGCAAUCGACUACGGGCAGCUGUUUCUUUCUAUCAAACAACAGACGCUCGCAGGCGGUAUUUAUUUCUCUAUUUCUAAAUUCCUAUUCCUGAAAAAGUGUAUACGUCUGCGAAUAGUGUGCUUGUUCCUACAAAAAUUUAUGUGGGCAGGGCGUUAAUCAAAGUUUCUAGUGAAAAGUGCGGAUAGGGAUACAAUCAAGACGUCGUCGCAGUAAGGUCUUCCAAUCAACAUAAAAACUGACUUAUAUCUACCAGGUUUCAGGACGAUAGAUUAUGUUGAAGCUGUCUGCAGUAGCGCAGUUCGUACGGCAUUGGAUAUGUCUGCACCGCUCAUCAUCGCCCUCACAGAAACGGGACAGACUGCUCGCCUCUUGGCAAAAUUUAUGAAAUCGAAAAAGAUGAAAUACCUUCUACACGAGCUAAAAGUAGGACAUCGGAUUAAUCAACUAUACCUCAUGUAAGCGAUCAAUCUAGCAAUCCAAUCCCUGAGUAUGAUGGUGUUGAUGAGCACCAAGACCCUGGAACCUCUGAACAGGAAGAUCGUCAGGAUAUAUAAGGCUCAAGGAUCGCGAUAAGGCUCCAAGAUCCCAGGCAAAUGAAUCCCAUGAAACCGAUGACACCAAUAAAAUCCCCGACGCAGCUCCCCCCUAAGUUCAUGCAUAUCCCGCACCAAAAACCUGGAACUAGUUGAUUUGUAUGAACCUCAAGACCUUACAGGCUUAGGGGUUUAAGCUUUUGCAUUUGUAUAACAUUCCGAUUAGGAUCGACGCGGAGCAGCAUCCAAAUCGCUGCCUUAUUGUGUUCGUAUUCUAGUACUUCAAUUGAUCAAGUAGCACGCGUGUGCAGGUUGGUCACUAUGGCCAACUACAUCUUGCUCCCUCCUCUAUCAUCAUCUUGUAAAGGAUCCUGAGUUUGAUAUCUCUCUUCAUAUUGGACCGUCCGAUGCAAGCGAUUCUUGCCGUGACAGCGAGUGAGAUCACGGCACGCCAGUUGCAGAUUGUCCGUGGGGUGCACGUUAUGCUAACCGCAUCCUUUCUUAUGGCUCACGAUGGUAAGUCAUGUCGACCGAUAACUUCUCUUUCUGUGCCCUUCUUGGAAACAUUCAUAGGAGAAAAGGGAAUCACGUAAGAAAUGACUUGUCGCGCGCUCCUCUAAUUUUCAGGGCACUGACAGUGUGCUGCGAAAAGCCAUCGAUAUGGCAAAAGAGUUGGACCUAGUGCAUUCCGGCGAUCAGAUCGUGGCAAUCCACGGACAGAAGGAAGAGUGCGCGGGACAGACAAACCUCCUCAAGGUUGUCCCCGUCUCCUAAUCUUGUUGGGCAAGCGAAGAAGACUUCAAAGAGGAAUCACGAUCAAGCGAUGAGGACUUCCGAUAAAUGAGGAGGAGGGAUCUGAAAAGGCUCUUCUGAGGUGACUUUGCCAGUGCUCGUGUGAGGUGAAUUUGGAACUUCAGAUGGGUACACCCCUAGGAGGUAGAAGAUGGACCUGAUUAAUACUGUCUGGCAGAAAUGAAAUGGUAGUAGAAAAAGUAGUAUCAAAUUUAUUUGACAUGGUCACAUGGAUUGUUGGCGGACGCUUUUCAUCAGCAGGAGGGCUCUUAUUCAGCAACUGUUGUAUUAGCAUUGCAGUAUCUACGAUAAGCCAGUGAGAGGCUACGGUUUAGUUUUCUAGUUCAGGCGAAAAAAGUAGCCUUAGCGACUUCUGAAAUAAGUACCAUAAAGGUUGCAUAUGGAUUCCAGAAUAUGUGCUAAAAAGCACAUGAAUAACUUCCUUUCCCAAUUUUGUUACCUGCCCACGAACGAGAUGUACACGUUGGCGCGUCAUCUUACAUGAAUACUUCGAAUCCCUACGAGGCAGACACACACAACAUAAAGAAACUAAAAGAGCGAUGUAAUAAUUUUCAAAGUGAAGAAUUAUUCUAUACAUAGCACGUAAAAUACCUAUACGUAUAAAUACCCCCUGAUUACAAUGGACGUCCGUCUCAUGUAGGUGAUCGCGUCAGAGGCGAUCAAUGGUCCGUAUCAUCUUCCGAAAUCUAAACAUAGGCAUACAAUUCGGGCUCCGCGAUCGAGCAAAAUACUUUCUUGUGCCACGGUUAUGCGAAGAUUUAUCUCGAGCGUCGCUGUGCGCAUGAGACCUACACACGUACUCGCACUAUCGCGUUGAGGUCCCAAGAUUUUAGCGCUGGUAGUAUCAUUUUCCUGGAACUUUUCCGUCAGGCAGCUUUUCACAUGACACGGAAGCAUAAAGAGUCUAUUGAACAUGCCGGCGGUCCCGCUUGCAUUUUGCGUAUGUUGUUUUUACUCACAGAACAUGAUGUCACAGACAAUUGACGCCUGCAGAUCUUUGCGGGACGGGACAUUUUUCCAAAAAUACUCUUGGUCCAAAAAUAGCAAAGAACGUUCGACUAUUCAGUCGUUUGUAUAAGUUUGAAUUCCGGAUGACGACCUUCCACAUGUGCCACAGAGGAGCACAAAGUUCCGCCUGCCGCCGGUUUGCG